ACCACAAUGCACUGCGGUUCUUCAAUUUAGACACAAUUAUGCAUCACGAUAUGGGCUUUUGGGUCUCUUUUAAUAAGCAUUUACUUAAUUGACAAUGACCUAUUUAAGAUAUCCAAGUUCUAACAAUGCAGACCCCAACUUCAAUCACAUGUGCUUCGCGUUAAACUUCAAAUCCCACAAUUCCUACUUCCGCAAUGUUGCUGGACACGGUGCAAUCCGGAGGAAGUGCUUGUUUGGUCUAGUUAGCUUCAGCAAAAGUCACAAGGGAGUUGCGGGAUACACGUAUCAAGAUCGGACAGCAGUAGAAAUGAAAGGAGCGUGGCCCCGCCUUACAUAGCCGUGAUGGAUGGGGAAACCCAAAGAGCAGCUGCUGCUUGGGAGAAUGGUACACUGGCUCCUGUGGAUCGCCUCCAGUCAGACAGGGCAGACAGUCCCACACCAGGGCUGGUGGAGGGAACUGAACCAGGUGCUGGUCAGAGAAGUGCCAUGUUCGUUCACGCGCAGUCCUUUGAGGAUCUGAGCACCGAGGUUGAAGACAGGGCAGCUCAACUGGGCAAAACGGAAGGCGAGUUCAAUUCGCUGGUCGGAGACAAACCUGCAGAAGAACCACAUAAUGACUUCUCAUCGGAGAAUAAGACCAAGGAAGAAGACAUCUCCAGUGAGGCGUGGCGCAGCCAUAAAAAACACAUUUUUGUGUUAAGUGAAGCUGGAAAGCCCAUUUACACUCGCUAUGGUACCGAGGAGGCCCUGUCCAGCACCAUGGGGGUGAUGAUGGCCCUGGUGUCCUUUGUGGAAGCUGAGAAGAACAUAAUCCGUUCUAUCCAUGCAGAUGGCUGUAAGGUGGUUUUUCUCACGAAGAGUCCUCUGGUGCUGGUGGGGGUCUCUAAGACCUGUCAGUCGGAUAAAGAGAUGCUGCGGGAGCUGCAAUAUAUCUAUUACCAGAUUGUCAGCCUGCUCACCCUCACCCAGCUCAAUCACAUUUUUCAGAACAAGCAGAACUAUGACCUCCGCCGCCUGCUAGCCGGCUCCGAGUACCUCACAGACAACCUGCUGUUCCGUCUCGAGCGAGACCCCAGCUUGCUGCUCAGCGCCGUGACCUGUCUGCCUCUGGCCAGCUCCGCUAGAGAUGUCGUCUCGUCGGGUCUGCAGGCGGCCAAAGCCAAAAACCUGGUGUUUUCCAUCCUACUGGCCGGUGAGCGUCUGGUCACUCUAGUGAGGAAGAAGGACCAGUUCCUGCACCACAUAGACUUGCACCUGGUCUUUAACCUGGUUGGGUCCUCUUCGUCGUUUCGAGAGGGCGAGGGCUGGACCCCCAUCUGCCUUCCCAAAUUCAACACUGCUGGCUUUUUUCACGCUCACAUUUCUUACCUGCAGCCUGGGUCUGAGCUCUGCCUCAUCCUGGUCUCCACCGAGAGAGAGGAUUUUUUUAACAUGUCUGAGUGUAAGCAGCGGUUUAUGGAGAGGCUGAGUAAGCGCAGCGCGUUCCAGGCCCUGAAGGAGGCGCUGAAAUGUCCCAGCUACUCCGUGGCUCAGGUUGGCAUCCCAGAACUCAGGCACUUCCUGUAUAAAUCAAAGAGUUCUGGGCUCUACACCAG